GCUUCUUCAGUUAAAUAAAAAAAAUAUUUCAGUUUCACAAACAUAAGUACAACCCGAACUACAUCCACACAAGCAGACACACACCAGUGUAAGUCAAAGCAACACCACCAUAUAAUAUAACAUCAUGGCAAAGAGUGGCAAGUCGCCUCAACCCAAGCGGGACAAGUCACCCGCACCUAAAAAAGAUGCCAAGCCUACGACAGCACUCACCGAGGCACUCAAGGGUCUUACAGUGCAGCAUGUUGAGGGCGCUAAAGUGGGCCAGAUGCUACAGAAGCUGAAUAACUACUUCUACGACCAAAAUGUUGCUGUGGAAGAUAUUGGUGUGAGUGACGAGGGGAGCGACAUAUACGCGUGUGUGCCAAAGGCUGUACAGGAGGUAUUCCAUUCACUAUACACAAAGGAGGCUAAUCAGGAGGUCAUUGAGAGCGAAAUCUUGCGGGCUAUGAAUUCCCUCGCGACGGAAUGUGCUUCAGGUAAGUUCACCGCACAGUCCGCGAGCAACCGACUGAUUGUUUUGGCGAUUGCGGCCAACCGGCCCUCAGCCAUUGUGGGCAAACCGCUCGACCACGCAGUCCAGCACUGCGAGAAGUUCGGCAAAGACUCAAGUGUCAUGUGGUGUCUGAGCCAGGGAUCCGACCCGGCCGUGACCUCGGUGGUGUGGCUCAAGUAUGCCGUCAAAGCGGUGAUAAAAGCCGGACCCACAGACAAAAGCGGGGCGAUGGCCCUGCACGUGCUCGAGAGGCUGGCAAACACCAAGCUGGUGGUCACCGCCACCACUCGCCCCACAGACAGUGUGGAGAUAAACAAGGCCUUUGUGCUGUGUGCGCGGGCCUUAGACGAGGCCAACGGGACUAAAGCCAAAGCCAGCGAUCCCAAAGACCCUACCUCAGCGGCCGCGCGCUACGUUAAGCUGUCUACUUACCUACCCCCCCUUAUGCUGAUGUGGGCGGAUGCUCUGUCAUUGCCCGAAGUUCGGGCUCAGCGGUUCUGCCAGAUGGUGGGCAGCUACCCGGCCAAGGAGACCAGCGACGACUUCAAGAACCUGUACCGGAUUGUGGUGGAGCUCAUGCUAAAUAAGUACCCCGGCGAUCUCAGCAAGCGAUGGGCCCAGUGGUACGGGCAGAUGAAGUUAAACAAAAACGGGGCGUUGUCCGGUCCUGAAUCGGAGAAGGCCGUUAGAGGUGCUACGCGUGUGGCCUGCAUGACCAAGGACAACCAACUUUUGGUCCGCUGUGGCAAUUUCCGUCCAGCCUUGGAGGAUAUUCGUCAGACCACAGAUGCUUUGCUGAACAAGGCCAAAGAUAAGAAAAGCCUAGAACUUCUAGAAGAGGCUUCCGUCGAACUAUCUUCCGCUCUAGCUUCCCGUGGCAGUGCGUCCAAGAGUGGUUCAUCCUCUAUCUGUUCUAAAUGGCUGGUGUAUUUGAUUGCCAUCCUGGGCAUUCUGGGCUUUGCCCUCAAGAGCAACGACCACUGCAAACAGUACCCCUGCGCCAAGGACAGUGAGGAGUGCUACCUGCCUUGCAAGUACAUUGAUGACUACAAGUUGGAGCCGUAUCUUACUAUGGUAUGUACCUGCCUCUUGUAA